AUGGACAGUAAAGCUGCCGUCGAAGUGCAAUCCACGCCUGAGUACCUCCGAGCUCUGGACCGAGUUGCAGCUCAAACCGAAGCGCGACCAGAUGUCUACAUCGACAUUCUCGACGGCGACAUGAAUAUCAGACACCACACCAUCGACCGAGCUGCUCUUGAGGCCCUUUCCCCACGUCUCGCAUACCCUGACUUCGACGGCCGUGAGCAUGGCGUCCUCAACCUUGCCGAAGAAUCAUAUGACACCUUCAAGCUUCUCAACCACUUCAUCGUCAAAGGGUCUCUGCCAACAGCAGCAGUCAACACCCUCGAUGAGCUCCGCCAUUACGAAGGUCUACUGAUCUCCGCCUGGUGCUUCGGUUAUAGGUACCAAGUACCAAAGUUCCAAAAUGCUGUGAUGCACGACUUGAUUGGCCUACUGCAGUCCCGCGUCGAUAUCAUAUUCCAUAUUCAGUACACUGUUCACCAGGUCCCUAUCGAUACGCCACUGGGCCGGCUCCUCUUGGAGAAGUUCGUGCUAGCUAGUCGCAAGUUCGGGCCUGAGGUCCAAGCGGAGCACUGGGACUAUUAUGAUAAGCUUCCGUCUUCGAGGGAGUUCGUCGCGGCUUUGGGUGCUGCGUUCGCGGAGUAUGAACGGGAUCCGAUGAAGUUGGACGGAGAGCUUGGUGAUGCAGUACGGGGGUCUUACAUGGUGGACUUGUGA